AUGGAUCAGGUAAACUGGACAAUUGUGACUGAAUUUUAUUUCUCUGACUUCCCUCAGUUGGAGAACAACAGCCUCUUACUCUUCAUUCCUCUGCUCUUUAUUUACAUAUUCAUUAUUGUUGGAAAUCUCUUGAUCUUUUUUGCUGUCCGUUUGGACGCUCGUCUCCAUAACCCCAUGUACAAUUUCAUCAGCGUCUUCUCUUUCCUGGAGAUCUGGUACACUACAGUGACCAUCCCCAAGAUGCUCUCCAACCUGCUCAGUGAACACAAGAGCAUCUCUUUCAUCGGCUGCCUCCUGCAGAUGUAUUUUUUCCACUCGCUCGGAGUCACGGAAGGCCUGGUCCUCACAGUGAUGGCCAUCGACAGAUAUGUUGCCAUCUGCAAUCCUCUUCGCUACGCCAUCAUCAUGACUCCUCGACUGUGCGUCCAGCUGUCCACUGGCUCUUGCAUUUUUGGCUUCCUUAUAUUACUGCCCGAGAUCAUAUGGAUCUCCACUCUUCCCUUCUGUGGCCCCAACCAAAUCCAUCAGCUCUUCUGUGACUUUGAACCUGUGCUGCGCUUAACCUGCACAGACACCUCCAUGAUUCUGGUGGAAGAUGUGAUCCACGCAGUCUCCAUCCUGGCCUCCGUGUCUAUCAUCAGCCUUUCCUACCUGAGGAUCAUCACGGUGAUUCUGAGGAUCCCCUCCGGUGAGAGCCGUCAGAAGGCGUUCUCCACGUGUGCGGCCCACAUCACCAUUUUCCUGCUGUUUUUUGGGAGUGUGGCACUCAUGUACCUGCACUUCUCCGUCACAUUUCCACCUUUGCUGGACAAGGCCACUGCACUGAUGUUUGCUGUCCUUGCCCCACUUUUCAACCCAGUAAUCUACAGUCUGAGGAACAAAGACAUGAAAAACGCCAUCAAGAAGAUUUUCUAUCCUCAAAAGAUGUUCAAUGCCUCUGGGAGUUAA